AUGACAACAAAUCACAGGCCGACUCUAGAAAGUAAGAAGGGAAAAAAUAUACUGAUCACUGAUACUAUUGUCCAUUCAAGAUCGCUACCACAGCAAACGCAACUUAAAUAUCGAAAUGACUACAAAAAGAUUGACACGAAACUAAGCAGAGCAGCUGUUCUAGAGUUGAAUAAAGAACUUAGUCAGGGUAGAUCUGACAGUACAAACUCGACUAAAGACGUCAAUGAGAACUUAGUUAUACCUGAUGACGAAGACGAAAAAGGAGCUGAUGGAGAAAGUCAACUUUAUGGGAGUGAAGAUAACGAAAAUGAUUCGGAAUAUUCUAGCGAAGAUUCUGAAGACUCUGAGUAUGAAACUGUUGCCUUAAUGGCAGAACUAGAAAAGGUGAAGGAAGAAAAAAGACUAAAAAAAAAUCAGGAGGAACAAAGAGUUAAAGUAGAGAAUGCGAAGGUGUCUAAUCCACUAGUGCCACUAUCUAAAACGAAAUUACCUGAUGAUUUUAAAGUUAAAAAGGAUUGGAGAAAUUCAACUGCUUUUAAAAAAACUAACUCACCUAAAAAAGGAGACGACGAUUCAUACACUAAUGAUACAUUAAAUUCAGAUUUUCAUCAAAAAUUUUUAUCUAAAUAUGUCAGAUAA